ACUUGGAAAGACUGCCUGGCAGCUGCGCUGAAAAGGUGGAUUUGGGCGAAGCUCGUUUCUUACCCUCUUAUUGUGGAUAAUUCCGUGCUUAGUGUUUUUUUGCUUCUGUAGGCAGUGAAUGGUUGGCACAGCAAGCCCAGUGAUUUCUCUGUAACAUAUGGGAGUUUCAAGAGGAGGGGGGUCUGGGAUUACCAAAGACUGAAACGCAAUCUCCCAUUUUCAGUGACUCAGCGAGCCUGUUACACGACCAGAUAUUUCAGCUUCGGGGUUACAAGAUGACAAUGGCAUCUUUUAAGUCCAUCCUCAGCGAGGCUGGACAUUGAAACUAUGCGUGACCACUGAGCCGGACCUUUAAGAUUGAAUGAGCAUGUUUGGAACGGUACCUAUUCCCACCUUGUAGCAACAGGCACCUGGCCUCCCUCAAAUGCACUUAUAGCGCGCGCGACUUUGACUGUACACUUCUCCCGGUACUGCGAUUUUUCCACCAUGGUGGAACACACCGGCCUGGACAUUAUGUGUCUGAACAAGCACUGUCACAGUUCCUCCUCGUCGUCCAGCUCCGAGCCCGACAAGAAAGUGUUCUCCAAACUAAAACUCAGCUUGUCAGACUAUCCGAGGAAGAACGCAGAGAUCCUCAGCGGCCAGUACGGUACCAAUGUGCUGCUGAUCGGGGCGGCGUUGAUGCUAGCCCAGGGUCCCUCUAUCAAGCAAGAACACCUGCUGUCCUUUAUCACCGGCCUCAUGAUCCUCCAGCUGAUCUGGAUGAUGUGGUACAUCCUGGUGCGGGACAGACGGAAGAACACGCGGACCGAGAAAGACGUCCACGCCACCACAUGCUGGAUAAGAGGUGGUUUGACCCUUCUUGCACUCCUUUCAUUGACUAUGGACGCUUUUAGAAUCGGGUACUAUGUUGGCUAUCGAACUUGUCUGUCGGCUGUGAUCGGGGUAUAUCCUGUCAUCCAUGCAACUCACACCAUAGCACAGGUGCAUUUUCUCUGGUUUCACAUCAAGGAUGUCAUCAAGAGCUUUGAAACAUUUGAGAGAUUUGGUGUAAUCCAUGCAGUCUUUACCAACCUCCUCCUGUGGUGCAACGGUGUGAGGGCAGAGGCUGAGCACUUCUUGAACAACUAUAUGAGAAGACUCUCUGCCCUGGGCUACGAAAACUUCACUAUAGAGAACUCAGAGCCUCUCUGUAACUGCACCACCAGCACUUGCACCAUGUUCUCCAGCAGUCUCAAAUAUCUCUUUCCUUUCAACAUUGAGUACCACAUCUUUGUCUCCGCCAUGCUCUUCGUCAUGUGGAAGAACAUCGGACGGACCAUUGACCUUUCUUCAAACCAUAAAAGGCUGGCCACCAAAACCCAGGGCCUCAUCUUAGGCCCCCUUCUGGGUCUUCUUGCACUGGGCAGCACUAUUGGAGUCCUGGUGGUCUACAUCACCCAUUUAGAGGACUCCCUCCAAACGCGUCAGUCAGCCAUUACCAUGUUCUACAUUUAUGGCAUCGUCAUGCUGGUGUUUAUGUGCUCUGCCAGUCUAUCAGGUCUGCUCAUAUACCGAGCGGAUAACAUGCCGCUGGACACCUCCAAGAAUCCGUCCAGACAGCUGGACACAGAGCUGCUGUUUGGGUCCUCUAUCGGCUCCUGGCUCAUGUCCUGGUGCAGCAUAGUGGCUGUGUUAGGCACAAACAGCAGCCCUUCUUACCGCUGGACCAACUUCGUCUACUCUCUGCUUGUUGUGCUAGAGAAGUGCAUCCAGAACCUCUUCAUCAUAGAGUCCCUAUAUCGACAGCCAGAAGAUGGAGCGAGGAAGGACCCUGAGUUACCAGCUGCUCCCGAAAUCUGCUCGGUGUCGUCCUCUUUGGCCCUACCAUACAACGGCAUCAUCAACCAAGGCUAUGAGACUCCAGACAUGGCCUGUGUGACCAUAGAGAACAAGCAGGAGGAGAGCGGACAGGUGUACACAUGUCCGACGAAACCUCCUGAUGUGCCGCUGCCUGUGGGAAACAAAGUAGUGAAGCCCCCAAAAAUAAAGAGGCAAAUCCUGAAGAACAUUGCCAUCUUCCUGCUAAUGUGCAACAUUUCACUGUGGAUCCUUCCUGCCUUUGGAUGCCGGCCACAAUACGACAACGGGUUGGAAGAGCAGACAUUUGGCUUCAGCAUAUGGAUCACAGUUCUCAAUUUUGCUAUUCCUUUGAACCUUUUCUACCGCAUGCACUCGGUUGCUUGCCUCUUCGAGGUGUUCCGCCAGGUCUGACAGAAUAACAGGUGACUGACAAUGCCAGAUAACAUACAGGAACACUUGUCACCGCCUGCUCCUGAGAGCGUCUCACAGCGCAGGUCAACUGUUCAGACUUGAAAGCAAGCCGUGGAGACAAACAAAAACGAAAGAUCCCUCAGUGAUGGGGAUUGCAGAGGAAGACGAACCUAUUAGCCUAUGUUCCUUGAAGAAUUACCUUGUAUAACGCAAGGCUUAUUAAAGAUGUUGGUAAGAAGAACCUUUGGUUUUAAGAAUUUCAAAGGGGCCCUUUGUACCUUUUUGUUUAGUAGUCAGUUUUGUACUGUUUCAUAUUAUUAACUGAAAGUAUAAAAUAGACUACUCACAAAUUUCUGCAGCUAAGCCCCUGAAUGGCCUAUUAGUCUCAAAUAUCUAAUAAGGUAAUAGUACUGUAUUUACCAGAGCCACGAGUGCAUUGGUGUACCACUUGACCCAUAUUUUAUGGAUAUGGUUCUCAUUUACUUCAAGUAGUUUAAUGGAACGGUAUGCAACACUUGAGCAACACAGAUAGUGACUUAGCACUAUAUUUUGAAUAAUCUUUAUGAGUUGGACUAGAGUUCUCAGAAGUAGCACCUGCCUCUCUCAGUCAUUUAAGGACAGUUUCCUUUUGUAUGCUGAUUCUCUGUUCUGUCAAGUUGAAAGGAAAGUUGUGUUCAAAAUGACGUUACUAGGUAGCACUGUUUUGUUUGAUCUGUAUCCACAUUUCAUUGAGGUGAGAUAACACAUUUCCUCUCAAAAACUGCUUCCCUUCUCUACCGUGAUUACAUUGAAUUCAUGUUAACAUAAAAGGCACUCUUUUAAUAUUGUUCAAAUCAGGUGCAUAUUGUUAAAAGUGGGAAUCUUAUAUCAGAAUCGUUCCAGGAUUAUUACACCAAUAUAAAAUAUGUUGGUGAAGAACAAAGGUUGCUGUGAUCACAACUGCUAUCCCGGACCAGAGACUGUGUGUUUACAUCUGAAGGGUCAGCAACAAAAAACAUCCCAGUCUGUGAUAUUACAUUUUUCUCUUUGAUAUAAAACACAUAUACUGUAUACUUGUACUGUAUCAUUUUAUAUCAAAUCAAAGACUUCCAGCAAGUUCUCAGCCUGGUGCUAUCCACUGUAUGUGCCAACUUGUGGUAAAAUCCUUGUUUUUUUAGGUGCAAACUGCAAUAUUAUAUCGUAAUAUAUAUCAAAAUCAUCAUUCAGAC